AUGGCUUCCAAUCUCCCGCUGCAAAGCAGCAACAACGUCAAUGUGGCCAAGGCCAAGGUUCCGGCGAAAGCUCCAGCGUCUCGAGCCGAGAAGACUAUCGAAGAGAUGUAUCAGAAGAAAUCGCAGCUUGAGCACAUCUUACUCCGUCCUAACACUUACAUCGGAUCCGUUGAGAAACACACCCAAACGCUCUGGGUUUACGAGAACGAUGAAAUGGUUUACCGUCCGGUAACCUAUGUUCUAGGGUUUCUCCUCUCAAUUCACCAUCGAGACUGCAGAUGGCAAGCGACAGAAGAAAUACAAGCAGGGACAUCAAUCGCUUCUGCUGCUUAA